GCUCGUUUGCUCGGAAUAGCCUCCCCACCCACCAAUCUCGAUCUCAAUUACUUUUUUUUUUUGCGGGGAAGAUCUCACUAUUUCUUACCGAUAUCCUCCUCUCCCUGCGGAUCGUCGCAAAGAGCAUAGCCUUUGCUCAUACACUCGGGCUCUGAAUAUAUACUGUCACUGUCUAUAUGAGGAUCGCACAAGCCGAAUUGAGUGGCUGAUUUUACCUUUUUUCCGGUUCCCGUCAGCUUUUGACCAGCUUCGAUUUGUCAGCGUAAAAUUCCCUUGAGGACACGGUACAAGAUUGGAGCUCCGAGACUUAAAUUUGCGGCCUCUUCCCCUUCUCACGCCUGGCGCAGAGCUUGAAGAAAGAUAGACGACCAUGGAGCGUUCGUUCCUUUCCACUCCUCAGGAGGUGUUGGCGCACUUCGGGGUGACAGAGGAUGCUGGAUUACCGGAAGGCCAGGUGGCUAAGAAUAGAGAGAAAUAUGGCUCCAAUGGUGUGUAACUAUCGCAUGGGAGACGGAUGUGGCUUGUUCUAUUGUCUUGCUAACCAAUUGGUACAUCCAGCUCUCGAAGAAGAACCUCCGACACCUCUGUGGCAGCUCGUUCUAGAGCAGUUCAAGGACCAGCUCGUUCUCAUACUGUUAGGAUCAGCUGUGGUAUCAUUUGUGUUGGCCUUGUUUGAAGAGGAUGAGGGCUGGACUGCCUUCGUGGAUCCUAUAGUUAUCCUUACUAUCCUCAUCCUCAAUGCGAUUGUUGGUGUAUCUCAGGAAAGCAGUGCUGAAAAAGCUAUUGCAGCCCUUCAAGAAUACUCAGCCAAUGAAGCCAAGGUUGUCCGUGACGGAGCCAUCCAUCGCAUAAAAGCUGAAGAGCUUGUUCCUGGUGAUAUUAUCUCGGUAGCUGUGGGUGAUCGCGUCCCAGCUGACUGUAGAUUACUCACCAUCCAGAGCAAUAGCUUCCGUGUUGACCAGGCUAUUCUGACCGGCGAGAGUCAAAGCGUUUCCAAGACUACAAAUGCGAUCAAGGACCCCCAGGCAGUGAAACAAGACCAGAUCAACUUGAUCUUCUCCGGCACGACUAUUGUUACUGGCCAUGCUACCGCUAUCGUGGUUCUUACUGGUGCUCACACUGCAAUUGGGGAUAUUCAUGAGAGUAUCACUGCCCAGAUUUCGGAACCCACCCCAUUGAAGCAGAAACUAAACAACUUCGGAGACUCCUUGGCCAAGGUUAUCACUGUCAUAUGUAUCCUUGUUUGGUUGAUUAACAUCGAACAUUUCGGUGACCCCAGUCAUGGAAGUUGGGCCAAGGGAGCUAUUUACUACCUAAAAAUAGCUGUCUCCUUGGGUGUGGCUGCUAUUCCGGAAGGACUCGCGGUUGUCAUCACAACUUGCCUUGCUCUCGGAACCAGGAAAAUGGCUGCUAAAAAUGCCGUCGUCCGAUCCCUCCCUUCUGUUGAGACUCUUGGCAGUUGCAGUGUUAUCUGCUCUGAUAAAACUGGAACUUUGACUACCAACCAAAUGAGUGUCUCCCGUAUUGUUUAUCUGAAUGAGGCUGGUAACGGUCUUGAAGAGAUCGAGGUCGAAGGCACUACCUUUGCCCCUUAUGGUGACCUCAAACAACAUGGAAAGGUACUCAAGGACUUGGCUGCGUCAUCUACAACCAUCCAACAGAUGAAUGAAGUUAUGGCCCUUUGCAACGAAGCUGAACUUGCCUAUGAUACAAAGACUGGCACCUUUAGCAAUAUCGGCGAGCCCACCGAAGGUGCUCUCAGAACAUUAGCCGAGAAAAUUGGAACUGAUAACGCUGCUAUUAAUGCUAAAAUCAGAAGUCUACCGCCCGCUGAAUGUGUUCAUGCUGUCAGCAAACACUAUGAGACUCGAUUACCAGUCCAGGCCACAUAUGAAUUCUGCCGUGACCGCAAAAGCAUGUCCGCCUUGGCCGGAAAGGAAAGAAGCCAGAAGCUUCUCGUCAAGGGCGCUCCCGAAUCGAUACUUGAACGAUGCUCUCACGCGAUUACUGGACCAAACGGAGAUAAGGUUCCUCUCACAAAGAAGCAUAUUUCGCUGAUCCAACAGGAGGUCGCCGGUUAUGGUGACCAGGGGCUCCGUAUCAUUGCUAUCGCGAACAUCGUCAACGUUCCUGAAACACCCUUGCUGCAUACUGCUCAGACCUCAAAGGAAUACGAGAAACUAGAACAGAACAUGACACUGAUUGGUCUCGCUGUCAUGCUUGACCCUCCGCGACCAGAGGUUCGUUCAUCCAUCGAGAAGUGCCGUGAAGCAGGUAUUCGAGUUAUCGUCAUCACGGGGGACAACCAGCAUACUGCUGAGUCCAUCUGUCGUCAAAUCGGAAUAUUUGGUAAAAAUGAAGACCUUCGUGGCAAGAGCUUCACUGGCCGAGAAUUCGACGAACUGAGCGAGCAAGGGAAACUCGAGGCAGCUAAGCAUGGCAUGCUCUUCUCCCGAACUGAGCCAACCCACAAGUCAAAGCUCGUGGAUCUCCUGCAGUCAAUCGGCCAUGUUGUGGCCAUGACUGGAGACGGCGUCAACGAUGCUCCUGCACUGAAGAAAUCAGAUAUCGGUGUUGCUAUGGGCUCUGGAACAGAUGUUGCUAGACUUGCAGCCGACAUGGUGCUUGCAGAUAAUAACUUUGCUACUAUCGAAGUUGCCAUCGAGGAGGGAAGAUCCAUCUACAGCAAUACCCAGCAAUUCAUCCGCUACCUUAUUUCUUCAAACAUUGGAGAAGUCGUUUCUAUCUUCCUUACAGCAGCUCUAGGCAUGCCCGAAGCUCUGGUUCCUGUCCAGUUACUGUGGGUCAACCUUGUGACCGAUGGUCUUCCUGCAACAGCCCUGUCAUUCAACCCAGCAGAUCAUGAUAUCAUGAGACGUCCACCACGUAAAAGAGAUGAGCCUCUUGUUGGAGGUUGGCUGUUCUUCCGCUACAUGGUCAUUGGGAUCUAUGUUGGCGCUGCAACUGUCUUCGGUUAUGCCUGGUACUUCAUGUUCAACCCAGAGGGCCCUCAAAUCUCCUUCUGGCAGCUAUCGCAUUUCCACAAAUGCUCCCGCGAAUUCUCCGAGAUCGGUUGUGACAUGUUCACCAAUGACAUGUCAAAGUCCGCCUCCACCAUCUCUCUCUCUAUCCUUGUUGUGAUUGAGAUGCUGAAUGCUAUGAACGCUCUCUCUUCCAGCGAAUCUCUGUUUACCUUCCCACUAUGGAGCAACAUGAUGCUCGUCUACGCUAUCAUGCUCUCCAUGUCUCUCCACUUCGCCAUUCUAUAUAUCCCCUUCCUGCAGAGCUUGUUCAACAUCCUACCUCUCAACUGGAUGGAGUGGAAAGCUGUUCUGGCCAUCAGUGCGCCGGUCAUUGUCAUCGACGAACUUUUAAAAUAUAUCGAAAGAGCCCUUUACGUGACGCACGUUACUCCUAACCAUGAGGCUGAGUCCCAAAACGCAUCAAACAUGAAGCCAAAAGCGUCAUGAAAUCUAGUGCAGUGGUGUUGUGGUGGAACGCUCUUUGUACUUUGAUGCCCGUCCUAUGAUUGAAGAAUUUCCAUUCUUGCAAACAAUGUUCUCCAGUCCUGCUAUCGCCCAACUUCCCUGCCCAGUCAGUGGAAUAAUACCAUCUCCAGAGCAAGAAGGAGCGCGAGUAAAAUGGGUAAGCAGGAAACGCAGCAGGGAAACAGGACGUUGAUUUACAAGCUUCUACCGUACUUGGUUUUGGCUUUGGUUUGAUAUUCCUUUAUUUUAGAAAAUAGAUUAUAUUUUUAUCUAUAA